GCAGCUCGCAGUGACAGCAUCGGUCCUGACAGUGUCCUGCAGGAAGAGCUUGAUGUCCUAAGGGCUAUCUACAUCCACGAAUUGACGAUUGAUGAUGGUGAAAGUGGGCAACCAUCUGUACUGCAUCUCAAUUUGCACCCAGCGACGGGGACGAUGUCACUAAGCAGUUUGUCUGCAUGACCCUUGUGUUCAAGCUCUCCGAAGCUUAUCCAGAUGAAAUUCCUGAAAUUAUCAUCAAGAACCCAAGAGGGCUUGCAGAAGAGGAAGUUCAGAGACUACAGGAGGACAUGCAUGUCCUGGCUGAAGAGAGGACUGGAGGACCAGUGCUGUAUGAACUUAUUGAGAUGGCGAAGGAGAUCCUGACGGAAGGCAACAUUCCGCGGUGCCCGUGUGUUGUGUGCUUGGAACACUUCCACGAGGGGGACAUGUUCACCCGCACCGACUGUUACCACUACUUCCACAUGGCAUGUCUGGCCCGAUACGUGGAACAUGCCCUCACGCAGGAGCCAGAUGUCAAGGUCAUGCAUCUCAACAAUGAACACCAACAACCCAAGGUGGUGUGUCCUGUGUGUCGAGAUGAGAUCACGUACGACCUUGACGAGUUGAAGGAAGCCCCAGCUGCGGAUGCUGAUGACGACCCCUACACUCCAUCAUCCGCAGUGGUGCAGCUGCAGAAGGACAUGGCCGUUCUCUAUGCAAAACAGAAAGCGAAGGGCGGGAUCAUCGACCUGGAGGCAGAAAAAAACAGAUUUCUAGUCAAUGAGGAAACAGUCGUGAACCUUAAAGUAGAAAAAGAAAAUACAGUCGACAAUGAACCUGUGAAGAAGUGCACAGAUUCUGAUUCCAAGUCUGAAAAGACGGAUAAUCGGCAUCGGCAUAAUGAUAGAAUUGUUGCCAAAUAUAAAGGCUAUCCCAGGAGAGACAGACCAAACAGUGGAUAUCAAGGCAGACAGAGUCCCAGUGGUGAACAUAUUAACUCAGCAGUGGAAGGCAAGCAGAAAGGGGGAGACAACUCUCAGAAAGUGGAUAGAGUUACUUCCCAUGAUUCAGAGAAGAAAUCACAUGAUGGUUGGCGAAGAGAAAGAGACCACAAUUUUGGUAGAGAGAGAAGAAAAGAAUAUGGUGGAGGAAGAGAUCGAGAUAACUGGAGAAGAAGAAAUGAUGGAGAAGAGAAUCAGAGGGGUGGCUCGGGUAGAGAUCAGAGAAAUGGAAGAAGAUUUGAUAGUUAUCAAAGAAAUGAUCAUGGAGACAGAAAGGAAAAGGGGCGGAAUGACCGUUUAAGGGAUGAAAAGGAUGCUUUUGAUCAUUCUGAGAUGUCUAGUGAAAUAGAAAAUGUUGAAAAAAAUAAUUCAAGACCAAAAAGAAAACAAUUUAUGAGGAAUAAAAAUUCAAAUAAUUCAAAUGAUACGGACAAUGUUGAGUGCAGUGUUGAGAACUCCUUAGGUAAAGAAAGUCCAAGUGAGGAGAGAGUUGUGUCCCCUGAAUCAGAAUCAGGGAUAGGAACACAAACUAAAACAGAAAGAAGAGGCCAAAACUCCAACAACAGAACUAGGUGGGAAAAUGAGGAGUAUGGGAAGAGUUCUAGUCAGAGAAAUUGGCCAAGGGAGGAAGGGCGGGGAAGAGGUAGGGGCAGGGGAAGAUGGCAACCUCAGGGCAGAGAUGCUGAUUACAGUGAAAACUGGGACGAGGAAAGGACUGAUGUUGAUUCUUCAGGUAUUAAUGGGAAGGGAGAAUCUGAGAGUGGAGAACCCUUUAAGAAUGAAAGUCAAGAGAAAAGUGAUGAGAGGACAGAUGAGAGGAAAAGGAUUUCUGACAGCAGGAACAGUGAUGGAACUUUAAAGGAAAAUGAUGUUAAGGCUGAUGAGAGGAGUCAACAGAGGAAGGAACGCAGAGAUGGUCCGAGAAAUGACCGUCAGAGGAGAGAAGAGUUUAAUGAAGGACAGACAUAUAGUGACAGAAGUUAUGGGAAGGGUAACUGGAGAGGUGAUAGAUACUAUAGUAGCAAACAUUCUGGAGGCAGAAACAGAGGUCGAGGACAAGCUAAUUUAGUUCGGCAGGGUCAAGGACGCCCGGAACAGAAAGGUCAGGGGUCAUCCACCACAGAAAACUGGGACAACGAAAGAACACAUGUUCCUAAAUCACCAAAUCAUGAAUACAAAGGUUCUAAAGCUGGGACUUCUUUUUCAAGAGGUCGAGGUCAAGGUCGAGGUCAGUCAAGGUCAGGUCGAGGGAGAGCAAAAAUUGAAGAAAAUGAUGGUAACAAAGGAAAAGGAACAAAUGAAUGCAAUGAAUUUAAGAAAGACAAGAGAUAUGACAGUAGGUACGAAAGAAAAGAAUAUCAUCGCACAAAGGAUCAUCGUGAAAAUUCUGAAUCUUCCAAAGAAAACAGUAACCCUCCAAAUGUUGAAAAAAUGUCCAAAGUACAGGGCCCUCCUCCAGGCAUUAAUUCUCCACCCGGUAUACAUGUAAAGGGCCCUCCGCCUGCACCCGGUAUACAUGUAAAGGGCCCUCCGCCUGGUUUCAAUGCUAGUUCCGAUAAAUCCAAAAUAUCCAACGAACAGACCCCACCUAUCAACCCUCCACCAGGUUUUGAUGUCAGAUAACACACACUGUAUGUAUUUUCACUUUAUGUUGCCUUUAUUUGGUUCUUGUUUUUAUGUAAUUUAUUGCAAGAGUUUCGUGUUUUGUUCUUAAACAUAAUCUCAUUUAUGUUCCGGUUGUCUCUCGGGUACUCGUUCUACAACAUAUUACACAUGAAUGGUGUCGGCAGAAUGUAUAUUAGAUUUGUUGUAACUCAAAUUAAAUUAUUUUAAAUGUUAAUAUAAUUACUACAUCAUGGAUUGGAGUAUGAUUAGAGACAACUUAACCCACGUGUCUUUCAUUUUACUUUUCAUGGACAGUAUCAUCAAUAUAUUUAGUGAUCAGUAAAGUUUAGUUCAUGGUCACUUGUUUGAAGUUUGCUGCAUUUGGCUACUUGAAUAUAGUAUUAUAUAUUGCAUAUGCUAUUAACUGCCAGUUCUUAUAUACUGUACAACAUUAGAAACGCACCACCCAUAUAAUACGAAAUAUCGCCACAGACUGCAAUGUAUCCACGAUAUCUGAGCAUUAGUCGGUGCAUUGUAGUGUAGUGCGUUUCUAAUGUUGUUCAGUAUAGUUUUGUUUAGUUCAUUUAUGUCUGUAUCAGCUGAUUCAGGAUAUGAUACAAGUAUGUAUCAGUUGUAUCAUGAGUCACUGAAACCAGAAUGCAUUUACAGGGUGAGAUUUCGCUAUUUACAACCUGCACUGGUGCAUGUUAAAAUGGCUGGUGCAGGUCGCCUUAGUACAGCUUGUUCAGCUUGACCUGAGCUACUCUACAUAUGCAUGACCUGGGAGGUCAAAUGGCAAAAACGGCAGGUCGAGUUAACUUCAUUAAAUAGGGGGAACAGAGAAUGUAAUUAACAUGUGAAACAUGCAUACAUGGAUUCGUUACAGAACUUGUCUCG